AAGUACGACGAUCGAGUGCAAGCAAAACAGACUGACGUCAGCUCGCUUUUUGCAUAUUAACACCACGCUGCACUAUCCGCACUCGAAAUGAAACGGAUGCAACGAGCUAGACGUGGGCAGGAAAAAGAAAGAGAACGAAAGUUUGACUCAGUUUGACUGGAAGGUGCAGAUCCGAGAAGAAUCUGUGAGAAUUUUAUUUUCGACAAGAAUACACAAGACAAACGCGAAACUCGGUUGAAAAUAUAAACUCUUCAAUCGUGACGUUUCCUGACGGCGACGCGAUAGCGACAACUUCGCGUCGCUCGAGACCGGCCGCACGUGGUCGCGCUCCGUGUCGAUUUUGAGGUUAGGCGGACGGAGGAUGGAGGUCGACGUGGGCGACGUGGUGAUGCCGGGCGACAGUUUGAACAACAUCACGCCGCUCAAAAAGGAAGGGAGAAGCGAGAAGGAGUUCGUGAUCCUGGGCCCCGGACUGCGCCGCGAGGGCGACUCCGUGCUCGUCUGCAAAGCGGGCGUCCUGAGGAAACGCGACCCGGCCGUCUACUACGUGGACAGCUACCAGAAACGAUACAUUCCUAAUCGAGGCGAGAACGUGGUCGGUAUAGUGACGCAGAAGAGCGGUGACAUUUUCAAGGUGGACAUCGGAGCCAGCGAACAGGCAACGCUAUCCUACUUGGCCUUCGAAGGCGCCACGAAGAAGAACCGGCCCGACGUGCAGAUCGGCGAUGUGGUGUACGCCAAGCUACUGGUCGCCAGCAAGGACAUGGAGCCGGAAUUGGUGUGCGUGGACUCCCAGGGCAAGGAGAACGAGCUCGGCGUGCUAAGCUCGGACGGCAUGAUGUUCACCUGCUCGCUGAGCCUCGUGAGGAAAUUGCUGAAUCCGGAGUGCCCGUUGUUCCGGCUGCUCGGUCGGAAUCAGGCGUACGAAAUCGCCGCCGGGAUGAACGGCAGGAUAUGGAUCAAGGCGCAGUCAGUUAAAGAGACGAUAGCCGUGGCGAACGCUAUUCUGGCGUCGGAGUACACGGUACCCAGUGAAAUGCAAAAACUCUGUGCCAGAAUCGAGAAAGUCUUGCUACUCGUGGCGUAAGUCAGUGAACAAUGUUUCACUGAACAUCAAAGAGAACCGACUUGGAUCUUUGAUGCGAGAGGUUGGCAUCGAAGGUUCGAUGUUUCUUCCAAGCAAAGUUGAGGGGAAAUUGGAAUACCUCAGAUCAAAUGCAUUUUGAAGUCAGUCCCACCUUGGCAUGCAAAAUAAAGACUACUUACUGUUGUCAAUGACAGUUACAUUUAUUGUAUCAAUAUUUGUAAUAAAUUCUGUAAAUAAAUCUGGAAGUUUCCUUAACUGAUAA